GCAUGCAGGCAACCCAGUGUAUAAAACUCAUAAACGUGUAGGCAGAGGCUCAGCUACCAGUUUGGACGGCUGCUCCCCGCCAGCAGAGACCACGACGUGGGAGCCGAGCCCAGGCCAGCUGGGGAACAUGAGGGGCCUCUUGCUGCUGACCACGCUGCUCGUCCCUGCGCACCUGGCGGCGGCCGGGAGCACCAAGUAUGCGGUGGACUGCCCUGAACACUGUGACCGCAAUGAGUGCAAAAGCAGCUUGCGUUGCAAGAGGACAGUGCUGGACGACUGCGGCUGCUGCCGGGUGUGCGCUGCGGGGCUGGGAGAAACCUGCUACCGCACGGUCUCAGGCAUGGAUGGCGUCAAGUGUGGCCCGGGGCUCAGGUGUCAGUUUUACAGCGAGGAGGAUGAUUUUGGUGACGAAUUUGGUAUCUGCAAAGACUGCCCCUACGGCACCUUUGGGAUGGAAUGUAGAGAGACCUGCAACUGCCAGUCGGGCAUCUGUGACAGGGGCACGGGGAAAUGUCUGAAAUUCCCUUUCUUCCAAUAUUCAGUACCCAAGUCUUCCAACAGGAGAUUUGUCUCUCACACAGAGCAUGACAUGGCUUCUGGAGAUGGCAAUGCUGUGAGAGAGGAACUUGUGAAAGAGAAUGCCGCCAGGUCUCCCCUCCAGAGAUGGUUAAAUCCACGCUGAUCCUGGGUGCGAUUUCCAAGAGACAGCUCUAUUUUAGUGAUUGUUCAACACGCAGCCAACAUUUUAGAAACUGUCAUCGCAUAUGGACUUUGUAACUUUUGGAGACUAAGUGUGAUUCAUGGUGAUCCGGGAAAAUAAAAAGUAGCUACUUACAAUCCAUGAAGUGCGUAUGACUGAACACUUUUAGAUAUUUGUUAAAUAUUUGUAUGCAUAUAGAUUUGCUAAAUGUGUGUAUAGUAACACUGAAGAACUGAAAAUGCCAUUUAGAUGAUCUUACGUGGAGACAGUUCAGCCAAAGGGAAAGCUAAUUAAAAAUGAAGCCCACAGUGGGCCCACGGGGUCUGGGACAUACUUUAAUGUUGGGAUAGCCGGUGGAGGAGGUAUU